AUGGAAGCGGUGGAUUCGAUUUUUGUAUUUCUCUGUUCGUUUUAUUUUUCAAAUUUCAUGAAGUUGUGCUGAAACGUAAAGAAUCGCAUAGUUUAGAUAAACGAUUAAUAGCUUAAAGAUGUCUUCACCACUCACUCCCCGGACUCUCAUUGGAAAGGUGCUUGGUGAGCUCAAGACAUCCAAGCCAGUCCAACGACAGUCAAAGAGAAGGAAGUCCAGUAGCAGUUCUAGACGUCAAUCACUCAACGAUAGUACCCUGAGAAAACAGGCUUUGUUAUCAUCAGCAAAUAGGACCGAACAUUCAAUUAGUUCUAAUGAUGGUGAACUCACACCUCGUUCACAGAUUCAAGAAUUCCUUAAUGCUGCCAAAACUGGUGUCGCAGUCGUACGAAAGAAGCGGCACACUGACCGAGACAAUGUUGAUGAUCCUGAGGAAAGAUCUGCAAAGAGGAUGCAACAUGCUACCACCUCUUUCCUUGAUAAUACAGAGGAGACACCAAGGACAUUGAUAUCUAAUAUCCUCAGUACAACUGAAACUGGUAUGACUGGUGCGCCUGUCAAACACCGAAGAAAUCUCCUGCGUUCCCCCUACACUAGAUCGAGAAAAGAAAAUGAAUCUCUGCAAAACUCUGGCAGCAGAAGUCCAAAUUCAGACAGUAGUCUUCUUGAUUUGACUAUCCACAACAAGGAAAGUGAGGGCAGGUUUGGACACGUCCCACGGAUCAAACCAAAGCCGACUGGUUUAGCAUACGCUCUCUCUCAAGUCAACUCAACAUCCCCAUCAUCAGGAAACACCUCUGCCUUUAUUGGAACCCCAACAGGUGUUGAAGAUACUGAUACGACUCAACGUUUGACGCGCAGUCACGAUAGGCUGAGUCUUAUACCAGAAACACCACUUGAUGGAAGAGAAGAAGAAGGAGACGAAGAAGAAGAAGAAGAAGAUGAUCUUGACGGAGGUGAAGAGGAACUAGGUGGUGAUAUGUCAGUUGGACUAGACAUGGUUGAAUCGGUAUCAACCUCAUCAGCAGGUGGUGAUGACGACAUGCAAUCUGUCCCAGAUUUAUCUUCAUUCUACAAGCCGUCUGGUUCAACUCAGCAGGGCUCCGUGUCGGUUAAUAAGUCCGCCCAAGGAGCAUCACAAUCACCGCUGCAGCAGAUACAAUCGCUAAAUGCUCAGUCAGGAUCUGGCAUCAAUAACCAGUCUGUCAGGGAGCAGUCAGCCUCAGUCCAUGAGCCUUCAAUGUUGAAUCAGGGUCAGUCACAGUCAAUGCGGGGGCAGACGGCGUCAUUCUUGGAUCAGUCUGGAACAUUCUUGCAUUCAACAACUCAAAGAGAGUUGAUGAUUCCACUGGAGGUGCCAAAGAAACCACGCAUUCAAUUAGAAAUUGCAUUUCCGGUGAUUAGGAAGCAGGUCUCUAUUGGAGGCCUUCAAAAGAGAACAAGGAAACCAUCUGCAGCGAGUAGACAGUCCCGGUCGUCUGCUGGCACGAAUAAGAAAGUGAAUAGUGCUUUUAACCUGCCGCGGAGCCUUAUAAAGGAAAUCUUCUGCCAUUUCUCAAAGUGUAAGAACGUCACCAGUGGAGCUCUUGAUGAAAUUGAAAGAGUAACGGACCAGUUUUGGCGGCAAUUCACAUCAGAUGUGACGGCGUUCGCAGACCACGCUGGUCGAGUGUCAGUGACUGAAGCAGAUGUCGAGUUGCUGAUGAGAAGACAAGGUUUUGUAACAGACAACCAGUCGAUGUACACCCUGGUGGAGAAGUACCUCCCUCUCGAGGACCGAGAGCAAAUCAUUCCUGUGGCUAAAGCUGGGAAUAAGGUCAUACCGCACAAAUAAGAUACCUGGACAUUAAGAUUGUUAUCCCUGUAUAGUUAUAUUUUAUCCGUGCAAUAGUUUGUCUUUCUUAAACCUUUCAUUCUACUGUAGUAUAACUAGUAUGGUGCCUCAAAAUCAUAGAGUAGAAGAGACAUGGGGCCGACGACUGGGGUCGAGUGAUCUUGCAGAAAGAUUGCACAGAUCUAAUCUCAUCAAGGUAAUCGAUUCUUUGGAAAUAGGUGUCAUAGAUUUUCCAUCCUUAAAAGUGAGACCACAGGCAGGAGCUUGGUAGGUUAGAUUAAGUUGUACAGAGUCGAUGAUAGGGGUCUGUCCGGUAUAAGAUUUUGA